UACCCCGGAAGUGCAGGCGGCAGUCGAAACGCGCAGACCACUGCAGAAGGAAGAUGUGAGGACAAAGGUCGCACCUGAGCGAAAACAGAUGCUGCGCAAACUCGCGAAUCUGUGUCAUAAAAGACACGUUGCCUCUCAAUCGUUCUGUGUCGAUGUAGGCAGAUUUUUUCCCAGUGCUCUUUACCGAAUGCUUUUAGGAUAAAUAUGUUUCAUAGAAUAUACGACAAAUCCGGCGGCGAGCGUGUCGCUGCAGCCGUAAUGCUCAGUCCUGUCGUAACCGGCUUUUUUACAUCGCGUUCGUCACAUCAGUGACCAUGGAUGUAAGAGCAGUUCUGGAGUUUGCCACGCUCACCAGGGGCCUCUCACUGGUUUUGCAGGUUGUGUUCAACGCUGCAAUCCCCGAUCAUGAUGCAGAUGCAUUCAGGCCCCCUCGGACAGAAGAGCGUCUCUACUUGGACUCUACAGUAGAGUGGCUGCUGGGAGGCCUAUCUCACUGGGAUGCAGAGCAUUUCCUCUUCAUUGCCGAGAGGGGAUACCUUUAUGAGCACAACUUUGCCUUUUUCCCGCUUUUCCCGGUCAUCCUCCGGGGCCUGGCGGAGACGCUGCUGUGGCCCCUGAGCAGCUGGCUCAGCGUGCGGGGUCGCCUGCUGGUGGCGGUGGCCCUGGGGAACACGGCCCUCUUCCUGCUGAGCGUGGUCGCCCUGCACGCUCUCAGUAGAGUAGUUCUUCAGGACAGGCGACUUGCUCUGCUCUCCAGCCUGCUGUACUGCAUCACGCCUGCCAAUGUUUUCAUGACCGCUGGAUACUCAGAAAGCCUGUUCGCCGCCCUCACGUUUGGUGGCCUGUUCCUCCUGGAGAAGGGAUUUACCCUCCGAGCCUGCCUGGCCCUCAGCAUAGCCACUGCUGCGCGGUCUAACGGACUUGUCAACAUAGGAUUUCUGCUGUAUCUGCCGUCACUGCAUGCUAUUUCUCAGAUCCGAGUGUAUCGCACGACAACAAAAGGCCACAGUAAAGUCUUCCGUUACGUUUGGGUAAUCGUUCGUUUUCUGCUCACAUCCCUUUUGGGAGCUGCAAUUAUCGCCCUUCCCUUUUGCGCAUUCCAGUACUAUGGCUAUCGGACGUUUUGCACACCAUCCGUCUCCCUGGAGCAGAUUCCUCCAGCUCUUCUGUCCCUGGCUGAACGGAAGGGCUACAGGGUUCCAGAUGAAAAUGGUCCACCGCCCCUCUGGUGCAUGAGACCUCUCCCCCUGCUUUAUUCCCAUAUUCAGGAUGUUUAUUGGGACGUGGGCUUCCUGCGUUACUUUGAGCUGAAGCAGAUGCCAAACUUCAUUUUGGCUCUACCUAUGGCUACUCUUGGAAUAACGGCGGUUUAUGCAUAUUUUCAAGCUAAUCCAGAGCUUUGUCUGAGACUUGGACUUUGGGAGACAGGCCCAACUAAAGGACUUGACAAACCAAUACCAGGAUUCUUCAAUCCCAGAGUGUUUGUCUAUGUUGUACAUUCAACUGCACUUCUUGUGUUUGGUACAUUGUGCAUGCAUGUUCAGGUUCUAACGAGGUUCAUGGCCUCCUCGUCUCCUGUGCCCUUCUGGAUAAGUGCCCAUCUGCUCCUCCUCAAUGAACCCCUACUUCAUCGAAGGAAAACGUCAAACCCCAGUGUACAGCUACAGACACAUUCAAAAAAUGGAUGCAAACACACCCCUCAAAACGCCAUCACAGCGCUGCUGCCUCACUUUAACAUCUGCUCUCCCACCACCCGGAGCAUCCUGGGAUAUUUCCUCUCCUACUGGGUGCUGGGCCUUGCACUGCACUGUAACUUCUUGCCAUGGACAUGACAGUUGUCUGAAUUUAAAUGAUUUCUUUCUAUGUAGGGCUGGGCUAUAUAUCUCAUUUUGAAUUACAUGAAUCCAUAACUUUGUUUUAUAGUACAUUAUUCUCAAAGAUUUAUUUUGAUUACAGCAAUUUUUUUGUUUGGAGAAAUUAAUCCAAAUUGCAGAACUGGACUACAAAUAAUGCAUAUGCCUAUUAUGGUUAUGUUGCCCAGUCCUACAUAGAUCUGACUGGCAUGAUGCAUUAUACACACAGUGGUCAACUAGUUUGAUUUACACACAUGAAUCUUAAUGAGACACUCGUUGUAAAUUUGUUUCCUUUUAUAAAUCCAUUCGUUUUAAAUGUAAAAGGAAGAAGACCUAUUGCAUUUGAAAAGAAUAUUGCAAUUUCUUGUUGAAACUUUUUGCCUAUUUAUCUAAUAUUGCACUGCAUGUUUGGAAGACCUUUCCCAAGUUAUAGUUUGGGACAUUAAAAAAAAUAAACAUUUCCUUGAUAAAUGA